UUUCUUUUUCUUUUUCUUCUUUUAUAAUUUCAUUGUAUUCUUAUGAUAUCCUGUACAAAUCAUGGUUGUUUAAAAAAGAUAUUUGACUAUCGAUCAUUACGAUUCUAUUCUUCUUUAAAAGAUAACAAAAAGAACAUAACCGAAAACACCAACCAUAAAAAACCAGCAAGAAAGCCAGUACCAGAUGUCAUACCAUUUAUGCCUGUCGUUAAUAUCCCAAUGACAGAGUUAGCAUUCAACGCAUUCUAUUCACUACAUCGCCCACUACUUGGAUUAUCUAUUCCAAGACCAUUCAUGACUGGUAACAUGGUUGGUCAGAUCACAAAAGAAGAAGACAAUCCUGAAGAAGCAUUAAUGAAUUACAUGGCUACUCUAAGACCAUUUCAUCCACCUCCUUCACCUCAGCAUGAUGCAAGCAUAAAGAAUAAGACAACGACGACAUUAACGGUGGAAAUCGAUCCCUCUUAUUUCUUUAAUCACAACAUUUAUCAUGAAGAAAUGACGGAUUAUUUAACGGCUAUACAAAAGGAAUUGGAUAUACUUCAUCACCGAGAGUCAACUACAAGAAGGAUACCUAAACGAAAGAGACUAAGGAAACGCUCUACCUUUCGUGAAUUUUUUGAAAAGAACUAAAUAAAAAUAAAAUCAUACGAUUUAAUAAUAUAGUUUAUCAAUAAUCAAUCUGCGAAUUAUACAUAUUUAUUGUUGACAUUAUAAGAAAGUAAGGAGAAACAGUGAACUAAGGGUAUGUAUAUUACAAAUUCUCAAAGGCUCAUCAUUUUCGAUGCUUGAUGCUAAUUGAUUCCUUGAG